AUGCUUCCAGAACAGGGGCUUCUGAGUGACUGCGGGAACAGUUACCUCCAAAUGAACUCGUGCGUCUUAGCAGGGAGCAUUCAGACCACACCCCAGGUCUCCUCUGGUGAUUCUGAAGCCAAACCUCUGAUCUUCACAUUUGUCCCCACUGUCAGAAGACUACCAACCCACUCUAAGUUGGCUGACGCCUCUAAAUUCCUUGUUAAAAUUCCUGAGGAACCAAGUGAUAAGAAUCCAGAAACCGUAAAUAGGUCUGAGUCCAAUGAGUACUUGAUCUUGAAUGCUGGGAGCCAACGGGAGAGAAACCAAGGGACAUUGAUUUAUCCUUCAGAGGGCAGUGAAAAGAUUUCACAAGCGAGGGGAAUUAAAGCAAACGAACUUCAAGGAAUGCAGCAAAGUGACCUCUUCAAAGCUGAAUAUGUCUUUAUUGUGGACUCGGAAGGGGAAGAUGAAGCUACAAGUGGAAAAGGUGAACAAGACCCCCCUGAGGGGAUGGGCACCACAAUUUCUCGGCCCAAAACUCUAGCAAUUUCCUCCAGUCUGGUCUCUGAUGUGGUGCGUCCCAAAACACGAGGGACAGACCUCCAGGCCCCAUCAUAUCCUGAAAUGUCUCAUGGAAUGGCUCCUCAGCAAAAGCACAGGCAGUUAACUUCUUCUCCCACUACCUCUGAGCAGCUUGCCUGUAAACCACCUGCUUUCUCCUUUGUUUCUCCAACUAAUCAGAAAACGCCACCUGACCCAGUUAACCUCGACGGAGCCUCUGUGCUAGAGGAGUUCCACACUAGGAGGCUGGAUGUCAGUGGGGCCUUGGUGGAAGAAACAACUACGUAUUUUCAAACUUCUGCUCACUCUUCACCCUUUUUUGCAUCGAAGGGCACCUCUUCGACGUCACAGUUUCCCCAUUCCACUCAGUUAUCAGUUUCUAAUUUAUCCAGUCCAAGAGCAGCAGAUCAGAAACCUGGACUGGCAUCUGAAGUUCUGAAGAAGACAACAGCUUUCACCUCGCAUGUCUUUAGCCCCAGAGAAAGCCCGAGAACCACUUCUCCUUCACCAUCCUCCAGUGCUUCUGUGAAGUCGAAUUCGGGCUUGUACAUACCAGUCCGUAUUGUCACACAUUCGCUCUCUCCAAGUCCCAAACAGUUUACCUCCUCUUUCCAUGGCUCUUCUUCCACUAUCUGUAGCCAAGUGUCAUCUACUGGAAAUCUCUCAAAGUCAGGGGUGAAAUCCCCAGUGCCUUCCCGGCUCUCCCUUCUCACUGCCAUGCUCAAGUCAAACCCUUCUCACCAAAGACCCUUUUCCCCUGCAUCCUGUCCCACUUUCUCUCUCAACUCCUUGGCUUCUUCCACACUCACACUCGAUCAAAAAGCAAAACAAACCCCACCCACACCUAAGAAAUCUCUCUCUAGUUGCUCCCUGAGGGCAGGGUCUCCAGAACAAAGGGAACGUCAGCUUUCUGAACUUAGCCAGCAAUCCUUUCACUUACCUUUUUUUGCCAAAUCUCCUCCCCUUUCUCAGGCAUGCUCCUUCUCUCCCACAAAACAUGUCGAUAGUAGCCUUGUUUCUUUGAAUGUAGAGAAAACAUCACCCACUUCUUUGAAGAGUAACCCAACACUCUCCCUGCUACAGACUGAUACAUUGAGUUCUGCAGGUCUUCCUCCUGUUCCACCAAGCGUUCCUUUUCUUUCUUUGAAGGGCAAACAGGAUGUUGACCUCAGAGGUCCAGAAAAGCCCAGGAAUAUUCACAUACAUCCUACAUCAGCCUCCUCUGCAUUAUCUUCUCUAUCUCCUCCCACUAAUCAAAGGGCUGUGCUCCCCUCUCCAGAGAAAUGUUUCCAUCCUUCCCCAGCUCUUUCAAACCUGAUAAACAGAUCCAAGAGAACAACCCCACAGCUAGCUGACCAGGGGCAGAAUCCUUCCACUCCUCCUUCACCCCCUGUCUCUAGUGCUAGCUCUGCCUCUCUUUCCAAAUUGGGGUCCUCCCCUCUCCCUCAUGCUAAUCUGCCUACCCAGGCACUCCAGCUCCAUCCUUCAACACUGUACCCAAAUUGUGGCAGUGGUACCUUGCCUUCAAGACUUGGAAAAUCUGAAAGCUCAAUAUCCAACCACAGGUCAUCUGUUUCAACCCCAUCACCUCCCAUCUCUCUAACAAGAACCAAGGAGCUGAUUUCACCCUGUGCAUUGUCCAUGUCAACAGACCCUGAAAAUAAGAAACCCAAGCAAUACAAGACCAAGUCAAGCUACAAGGCUUUUGCAGCAAUCCCUACAAACACAUUGCUUUUGGAACAGAAGGCACUCGAUGAACCAGCCAAGACUGAAAGUGUCUUCAAGGACAACACGUUAGACCCACCUCUGGAGUUUUGUUUUCCUGCACAGCUCAGGCAGCAAACUGAAGAGCUCUGUGCUACCAUUGAUAAGGUCUUACAGGAUUCCUUGUCUAUGCAUUCUUCUGAUUCUCCUUCAAGUUCCUCACAGACAUUGUUGGGUUCUGACACAAUGAAAAUGCCUACAACUCUUCCGAGAGCAGCUGGUCGAGAAACCAAAUAUGCUAACCUAUCCUCACCAUCCUCUACAGUAUCCGACAAUCAGCUGACUAAGCCUGGAGUAAUUCGCCCAGUACCUGUAAAAUCCAAAAUAUUACUGAGAAAAGAGGAGGAAGUCUAUGAGCCCAACCCUUUCAGUAAAUACCUGGAAGAUAAUAGUGACUUCUUUUCUGAACAGGAUGUGACAGUUCCUCCCAAGCCUGUUUCUCUCCAUCCUUUAUAUCAGCCUAGACUCUCUCCUCCUGCUCAGUCCCUGCCGCCUCCACAGACCCUCUCACAUGCUGACUGUCUUACCCCAGGACCCUUCAGUCAUUUGUCCUCCUUCUCACUGAGUGAUGAACAGGGGAAUUCUCAUACCCUUUUUAGCAGCAACACAUAUAAUAAGCGCCUUAAUGAGGAGGCACUUACUGUUGCAGUCAAUGAGCAAAGAAAUCCUUAG